AUGCCACAAGAUGCUGACGCGAAGUCAGAAGAGCGGCCGAAACCAAGUCGAUCAAAAACGCAGGCUCGAGAGACUUCGCCACAAUGGUUCACCACACCACAACCAAUAAGGCGCCUCUUCGAUAAAUUCCCUUUACGGAUAUACUCUCUCAAUGAGCUCCCCCAGCGGUCACCACGAAACCGCGAAAAUAAUACCCUCUGGAUCUUUACGACGAACGAAGGUGCCCAGCUUGGCGCACCAUCUUUCAACCCUGGUUGUUUGAAAUGGCAGGCCUACAUGAUCUUCAAGGGCAUUGAUUUCGUCCCGAUAUCUUCGAAUAACCAUGCUUCACCGACUGGAGCUCUUCCCUUCCUCCUACCGGCGUCAAGCACCAAGAAUCCCCUAGAAGCUGUUCUCCCAAUCCCUUCGACCCGCAUCGAACGCUGGGUACGCGAGAAGAAGGUCAAUACAGAAAAAACUGGCAGGCCUCCAGAUGAAGGAUUGGAAGCAAAAAAUCAGCAUGUAGAGGCUAGCGUCUCGACGAAACAGAAAUCCACCUCCAAAGAGUCUUCAGAUAUGCGCUACGAAGCUUACAUGUCUCUGCUCAACUACCGGAUUCGCAACGCCUACCUCUAUUCGCUCUACCUUUCUCCUCCAAACUUCGCAUCCAUUGUCCUUCCACUCUACGUCAAUCCUAGUACUUCAAACACUCUGGCCCGAGUCGCUCUCUCCCAUCAACUACGCGCCGCCGCCGAGACUGAGCUUCUCAAGCAGUCACCCACAAUCGAUGUAGAGGCGACAUACCGAGAUUGCGACAAAGCUUUCGAAGCACUCUCGGAGCUAUUAGGAGACGACGAAUUUUUCUACGGCGAGGAAGUGCCUGGAUUGUUCGAUGCGAGUGUCUUUGCUUACACACAUGUUUUGCUCGAUGAGGAUCUGGACUGGAAGCACACAAGGUUGAGGGAGGGUCUGGAGCAAUACGGUAACCUUGUGGAGCAUCAGAAAAGCAUUGUAGAGGGCUGGUUCGGGGACAACGCUUCAGGAAGGAGUCGAAGUCACAAGAAGGCUUGA